UGAAGCAGGGAAGCCUCGGUGUUAGCGCUCCGCAAAAUAACGCCAAUUGAUCUUACAAUAUUACCGAGCAUCCUCGGCGGGUGAUCGUUCUCCAACCCGCCACACUCCGCAUCCACCGGGCUAGCUUCUUAAAGGCGGCGCUUCAUCCUUCAGGGUUUGUGCGUCACGUCGAGGUUCCCCCUCACAUCUGGGAAGACGCUCAUGUACUGACACCUAAUUAACCGAGGGAGCAUCAAUGCACACAGUGCGAACCGGAGAAAUACUCGACGUUUAACGCGUUUGGUGAAUAAACGGGAGUGGACGGUGGACGCUUUCCAGUCCUCGUUUGGGUGGAGUCGACCCCGUUUUUUCUGAUACACUCAAGUCUGACCAUUGGCAUAAUUAAGGAGACAAUCAUGAAGGAUGGAAUGGCCAAUAACAGCACCGCCUGCAUCUCACAGGCCCGGAAAGCUGUGGAGCAACUCAAGAUGGAGGCCUGCAUGGACAGGAUAAAGGUGUCCAAGGCUGCAGCGGAUCUGAUGGCGUAUUGUGAUGCACAUAUACGAGAGGACCCGCUCAUCGUGCCCGUCCCCGCAUCAGAAAACCCUUUCAGAGAGAAGAAGUUCUUCUGCACCAUCCUCUGAGGCCGGGCUGCAGGUUCUGCUGCGAGGUUUCCACGUCCCUGGCUGCUGCCGUUUAGCGCGAUUGACUGGCAGCCGCAUCUGUUGAUGGUUCGACCCCUCCUGACGGCCUGUGGGGGGGUUUUGGGGGGAGUCACUCAACUGGCAACCCAGUCAGAGCGUUUCAUGUCUUGUUAAAUAGGUUUGUUAUUGCUUCGUAUUUAGAGAACAGCCUUUCUCACUGCUUCAAGAGAUGAGAGUUUGUUUUUUUUGUUUCGUUUCGCUUCAUUUCAAGCCCUGCCAAGUGGUCAUUUUGUAAGUAUUUGGAAAUGUUAAUAAACUAGUCUUAAUUGAUGUACACUACACUAAUGUAUGGACACACUCGACUCAAAUGUUUCUUGUCAUCUUAAAAACCGUUGGAUUUAAAGGCUUUUGCUUACAUGCUUGAAAUGAGUUUUGUAGACCAAUGCAAAUUGUGCCAGCGCUUGAAUUUCUUUACAAAACUGGAGCGGAUUGUGAAGGAAAAUCAGCCAUCGAGUCACCUCAGUAUGAAGCACCUCAUAAAGCUGGAAUCUGGAGCAUAAAGUGAAAUGUACACUAUGCAAGUACAUUAAUGCAGACGCAACCUCAAUUUUGUGCAUCGUUGUGUUAUGAGAUGUGUCAAAUCGCAGUCAUUACGCAAAUAGGCAUUGCAGUCUCGACGUUGCCACAAGGGGCGCUAUAGCAAAAUUGAGUUUUCUCUUUCUUGACAACAACUGUCAUGGCGGAGCAACCGCUUGAAAUAUUGACCUAUGAUCAUCUUAUAAAUAUUGAUGCUUCUGUCCUACCCACUCUGUACACGACUCGAAUCGUUGUCUCCGGCAUGGGAGGUGGGUGCGCUAACAAGGAUGCUAAAGGCUACUAGCGUCAAUCGCUAGUGCACCACUUUAGGUUAGAAGAGUGAGGUUUACACACUGCACAGCUAUCUAUCAGCUAUCUACCACUACACUCACCCCCCUAAACCUCACUCCCAUCCGGGUCACGGCACCAUUGUGAUGCUCCUGUUCUACCCGCUCCGUACAGGACUCGAAUCGUUGUCUCCGGCAUGGGAGGUGGGUGCGCUAACAAGGAGGCUAAAGGCUACAGUCCCUAGCGUCAGUCGCUAGUGCACCCCUUGAGAUCAGGAGAGUGAUGUUUACACACAACACAGCUAUCUACCAGCUGGCUCCCGUUACACUCACCCCCCUUAAACCUCACUCCCAUCUGGGUCACGGCACCAUUGUAACCGGCUCUGGUCGCCCUGCUCUGAAUGGGACUCGAACCGACGUGGGAGGCGGGUGCACUAACACCUCGUGAGAUUUAUAUACAUUGCACAGCUAUCUAUCAGCUGGCUCCCGUUAAAUUGGCCCAUAGUCCACAGUAAUCCAUCUUGCAAUUGAAUUCGUCAAUCAGUCCGAGAUUUAUUACAAGGGCUUUUCUAAGGAUACGUCAGACGGACGCUUUUGGAGCAUCUCACUUUGUUUACGUCACGUGUCAAGCUAAACGUAGUUCCCUUAAAAGCUGUAUUUUCGCUUACGCUGUAAAACAGGUGCUACUUUAAUUUGACAUUAUAGCAACUUACCUAAAUAAUAACACAUUUGGUUUUAUGGCAGGGAAAAGAGAAAUCUAUCGCCCCCUUGAGGACUGAUUUUUGAUACCGUCACAGUAACGCAUGGACGCACGUGUAGCAUGUUCAAUCGGGCCGCGUGUUGGCAGUGUGUUGGCUAAGCGCUAGUGUCUGCAUUCGCGUACUUGCAUAAACUAUGUUUCUGGCCAACGGUUGGAUCCUUUGAAGAAGCUCAAAUGUAACAUAGUUGUAAUUUACUUAAAAUUACUAUUAUAAAAUUAAAAUCAGAUGACUGACUUUACUGAUUACUUCAUCAAAAAAGUAAUCAAAUUACUAGUUACUUUUAGGUUACUUUCUAAAAACACUUUCCCUUAAAAGAUUGUUUUUCCGCUCAACAAAUUUAAAAUAAUGUCGAUUUAUCCUCCUCGUUCAUUGAUUCAUUAGGGGUCACACACACUUCGGGUGUCGCAAAAUGCAACAUAAUUGCAGAUAAAAACAUAAUUCAUGUUUUAAAUGUGUUUUACAUAAUUUACUUUAAAUGACUUUAUAUGGUUUUACACAUAUUCCUAAAAUAAUAUUUUAUAUUAUAAAAUAUUAUUUUAGGAAUAUGUGUAAAACCAAAUAAAGUCAUUUAAACUAAAUAUUGUAAUUGAAAGGCAGUAACUGUAUUAUGAUUACAAGAAUUUCAAAUGUAAUGCGCUACACUACUUAAGUACUUUUAAAAAGUAAUUACUUGGUAAUUAGAUCACUCUCAACUCUGGUUCUGAUUUAUUUGACUAUUUUGGGCACAUCAUUUCGUUACAUAAUUCCCAAAACAUCUAUUUGUGUUUAUUUGAUACUUCUGAUGACUGUUAUUCUAAAAUUAGAAAUACAAUUAAUAAUAAAGCAUGAGUUUGUGUUUCCAAACUUUUGACUGGUAGCUUAUCUGAUUUUUUAUUACACAUCUUCUAUUGACAUCUUUCCCCCGUUACAAAAUAAUUAUAGUUUUGAUAUUUUGAAUCAAGGCAGAAAUGUUUUUAAAGUGAAACGAGCCUUAAAGGGACAGUACACCC